AUGAAGAUCCUCAUCACUGGCGCUGGAGGCUUCAUUGGCCAAUUUCUCGCUCGAGAACUCCUCUCCAGUCCAGACCACAAGGUCGUCCUGACAGAUAUCGUCGACGUAUCCGUUCCCAAGGGCGCCAAAUACCCACAAAAUGCAACAUGCAUCAAGACCGACCUGCUCAAAGACCGAAGUGUCAUCACACCAGAUCUGGAUGCAGUGUAUAUCUUCCACGGCAUCAUGUCUGCGGGAUCCGAAGCCAAUUACGAUCUGGGCAUGAGUGUCAACCUGGAGAGCACAAAAUUAUUGCUUGAAACCAUCCGACACGUCAAACCGGGGUUGAGAGUGAUUUACUCCUCCAGUCAAGCCGUCUACGGUCGUCCCUUGCCCGAUGUCAUCACGGAAUCCGUCCUACCUACCCCUGAGGGCUCGUACGGUGCGCAGAAACUCAUGUGCGAGAUCCUCAUCAACGACAUGACGAGGCGAGGCUUGGUCGAUGCCUUCAGCAUUCGAUUCCCUACCAUCUCGGUACGACCUGGCAAGCCUGCUCCGGCAGCCUCCGCGUUCAUCUCGGGCAUCAUUCGCGAACCACUGACUGGCAAAGAGUGCGUGGUCCCCGUCAAGGAUAGGAGUUUCCCAUCCAACGUCUGUUCGCCCAAGACGUUGAUCUCCAACUUGGUCUAUGCGCUUACCUUGCCUUCGGACGCGUUGCCCAUGCAUAAACGAGUCAUCAAUGCCCCGGGGUUGGUGGUGACGAUCCAAGAAAUGCUCGAUGCCCUGGCCAAAGUCGGCGGAGAGGAUAAAUUGAAAUACGUCAAGGAGGAGCACGACGAGGCGUUGGCGAGGAUCCUGUACUCUUGGGCGUAUAAUUACGACAAUUCACUGGCGUUGAGUUUGGGGUUCAAGGCUCCUACGAGCUUCGAGGAGGCCGUGAGAGAGUAUGUUGAGUUUAUGGAGGAGCAGGAGAAGUUGAGUUAG